AUGUGUCCUAAGGGAACUAAGAGGAGGUCUCGGAAGGCUAAGGAUGGGGCUGGGGUUUCUGGUGCUGGAGAUGCAUCAGUACCUAACCCAAGUGCAGUGUUGACAGUUCCACCUAUGGGUCGGACUGGAGAGGCUGUCCUGACUGAAACCCAAGUUAACCAAACUGAGGUUCAGCUGGACGGAGUGGCAGGACAGCUGGAUGAGACCGGAAGGCAACUGGAGGGAACUGGAAGCCAGCGAGGUGCAGCUAUUGGGCAGCACAGGAAUGAUCAGGAUGGGGAGGCUGAGUCCUCAGAGAUUGGUCAUCGAGCUGAUCCAAACAUCAGGGAUGGUGUACGGACUGGUCCGGGUGAUCAAGGGACUGAACCUUCCAUGCAGGAGAUACUGGCUGCCAUUAGGCUAAUGGGUAGUCAGAUGGUAGCCAUGACUCAGGUGCUCACCCCAGUGGUAAACUCAUCCGUUGGUCAAGCCACACAAGCUCAAGUGGGAGCUGGUGGACGAGUGUUGCCAGUAGCUGAAGUAAUUGAACUGGAUCCACCAUCUGGAUCAGUUAAGAAAGUGGAUUACUUGAAGGUUCUGGAGCACAUAUCACGCCUAGGGACAAAGCACUUUGCUGGAAGUGUUGAUCCCAUGGAGGCUGAUGAAUGGAGAGACCGGUUGGUUAGGAACUUCAAAUCAACCCGGUGCCCUGAGGAGUACCAAAGGGACAUUGCAGUGCACUUCCUAGAAGGUGAUGCACACAAUUGGUGGAUAGCUUUGGACAAACGUACCAAUGGUUCCAUUGAGCGCUUUGCUGACUUCGAAGUGGAGUUUAACCACAAGUACUUUCCUGCUGAGGCAUGGGACCGUUUGGAAGCUAAGUUAUUGGACUUGGUUCAAGGGCGUAGGGCAGUAAGGGAGUACGAGGAAGAGUUCAACAGGCUCAGGCGCUUUGUGGGAAGGGAGUUGGAGGAUGAGGCAGUACAUGUACGAAGGUUCAUCCGCGGCCUUAGGCCUGAACUCAAGACCUACUGCUCAGUCCGGACCUUCUCCAAUGUGACUGAACUGGUGGAGAGGAUGGCUAUGUUGGAGACAAACCUUGCUGAGGAAGCUAAGCACAAAUGUGGUAGAAACCACUAUGGGGAGUGCUGGAGAGCCAUGGGUGCCUGCACUCGUUGUGGUAAGAUGGGACACUUUGCUCGAGAGUGCCCAAAUGUGGGAGGUGACCGGACUUGCCAUACUUGUGGUCUUAAGGGUCAUCUCAAGAAGGACUGUCCAAAGCAAGCUGAUGGACAGAACAAGAACAGGAGUGGGGGUAACAGGCCGGACCAGAACCGGGGUCAAACCUCAACUCCAAGGGUUUAUGAGCUGUCCAAGGAUGUGGAACAGACAGGGCCAUUCAAAGCAAUCACUGUAUACUCUAAGACUGAGGAGGACCAUGAGAAGCAUCUCAGGUUGGUGCUGGGACGGCUAAGGGAGCAGCAACUCUUUGCUAAGUUAAGCAAGUGCAGUUUCUGGCAAAAGAGUAUUGGAUUCCUAGGCCAUGUGGUGUCUAAGGAAGGAGUUUCUGUUGACCAGGAGAAGGUCAAGUGCAUACAAGAGUGGCCAAGACCAAAGAAUGCUACUGAAGUUAGAAGCUUCUUGGGCUGUGUGCUCACACAACAUGGGAAAGUCAUUGCUUAUGCCUCUAGGCAACUGAGGAAGCAUGAGGGCAACUACCCAACUCAUGACCUGGAGAUGGCUGCAAUCCUAACCGACCACAAGAGUCUCAAGUACAUUUUUACUCAGCCUGAGUUAAACUUGAGGCAGAGAAGGUGGAUGGAAUUUGUGGCGGAUUAUGAUCUUGAUAUUGCUUACUAUCCGGGCAAAGCAAAUCUGGUAGCAGAUGCCUUGAGCCGGAGGAGAGCUGAAGUGUCAGCUGAAAGAGAAGCUGAGGUAUUGGAAGGGAUGGUCAGGUCUUUGAAUCUAAACACCUUGGUCAGUGAGGAUGAACCUCUGGGACUAGAGGUUGUGGAUCAGGCUGAUCUCCUGAGUAGAAUCAGACAAGCACAAUGCUUGGAUGAGAAUUUGCAAAAGGUUGCAAGGAAUGACAAGACAGAGUACCAGACGGCCAGCAAUGGUACCAUUUUGGUACAUGGGCGUGUGAGUGUUCCGAGUGACCGGGGACUAAAGGAAGAGAUUAUGAGACAAGCUCAUAAGUCUAAGUUCUCAGUGCACCCGGGGCUGAACAAGAUGUAUAGGGACAUGAAGAGGUAUUACCAUUGGGUGAGGAUGAAAGCAGAUGUGGCCGAGUGGGUGGCUAAGUGUCCAACUUGCCAACUAGUUAAGGCCGAGCAUCAGGUUCCCAGUGGUUUACUUCAGAACCUCCCUAUACCUGAGUGGAAGUGGGAUCACAUCACAAUGGACUUUGUGACUGGGUUCCCGACGACAAGGAGUAAGAAGGAUGCAGUUUGGGUGAUUGUGGACCGACUGACCAAGUCUGCACACUUCUUACCAAUCAAGAAGGGUGAUGGGGUGGAUGAGAUAGUGAAGAUCUACAUUGAUGAGAUAGUGAGGCUGCAUGGAGUGCCAGCCAGUAUAGUCUCUGACAGAGACCCAAGGUUCACCUCUUACUUCUGGAGGGCUUUUCAAAAAGCCUUAGGAACUAGGGUGAACAUGAGUACAUCCUACCAUCCCCAAACAGAUGGACAAUCAGAAAGAACUAUCCAGACACUAGAAGACAUGCUGAGGGCAUGUGUACUGGACUGGGGCGACUCAUGGGAAAAGCAUUUGCCACUGGUGGAGUUUGCAUACAACAACAGCUUCCACACCAGUAUAGGCAUGUCUCCCUAUGAGGCUUUGUAUGGGCGGCCUUGCAGGACACCCUUAUGCUGGACUCAAGUGGGGGAGCGCAGUAUAAUAGGACCUGAGAUUGUGGAGGAGACAACUGAGAAGAUCAAGUUGGUCAAGGAGAAGAUGAAAGAGGCACAAGACCGCCAAAAGAGUUAUGCUGAUAGAAGAAGAAAACAUCUUGAGUUUGAGGUUGGUGAUCUAAUCUCCAAGGUUCCUAGGUCGUUCAGGAUACUUGAAAGAGUUGGGGCAGUGGCCUACAAAUUGGAUUUGCCAUCUGAGAUGGAUGCUUAUCACAAUGUGUUCCAUGUGUCCCAACUAAGGAAGUGUCUGACUGACCAGGACAUUGUGUUGCCUGAGAUUCCAAAAGAUCUUGGUAAGAACCUAACCUUAGAAACAAGGCCGGUUCGGAUCAUAGAUAGAAUGGAAAAGGCAAUGAGGAGAAAGACUGUACCUAUGCUUAAGAUAGUAUGGGAAUUCAAUGGCAAAGACAUUAUCACUUGGGAGACCGAGGCAAGGAUGAAAGCUGAGUAUCCUGAG